GUUAAUGAAUGCACUUUAAGUCAUCUGGCAGCCGGUUCUUUUUAGUUCGAUUUGUUGAAAAUAGGAGAUCGGGCCUGCUUUAGCCAAAAAUGGCUACCAGCCUUGCUGAAGAUUUUGAUUCCUGGUUGUCUACUAAGCUGAAGUCUUUGAAUACUGAUGAAGGUGUUUUUGGAAACUAUAUUACUGGGAUUCUAACUGGUGAUGAAACUUUGGAAGAGAAAACGGAAGCCUUAGAAGGCAUCUUAUCUGAAAUAACAGGUUCAGAUAUCACUAGGCUUUGUUCUGAUAUUUUAGAAAAGUGGAUGGAAUUUAACUCAGUUGGCGAUGUAGUUUCUCAAGCACAGGAUGGACCAGUUGAAGAUGUUGAAGAAAAACUAGUCCGGCUAUUGGAAAAGAACACUCUUUCAGCACCUGUGCAAAGAGAGUACACAGAAGAAGAACGGCGGAUUAGAGAAGCUAUACUUUCUCAGUAUGCUCAGACCUCAGACCAAGAAUCAGGCGAUGAAGAGGAUGUUGAAGAAACUAAAGAAAAUGGUUUAGUUCGUAAUACAAAUGUAUCAUCAGUUGUCCAAGCAGAAAAGGAAAAAAGAGAAAAGGCUAAAGUAGACAGUCAGAAGAAAAAAGAAAAGGACAGAGAGGAUCGAGAACGACAAAAGCAGCAACAGCAAGAAAAGAAAGAAAAGCGAAAGACCCAAAAAGGAGAAAGGAGAAGAUAGCCAUAAUACGCUUUGUUUUACACUGCUUUGUAAAUAAGCAUCUAAGCUUUGGAAUGGUGCAUCAAGUUUUUCUUUUCGUGUGUUAAUUUUCCAAUUUUUAAUGCGUAAUAAAUUUAAAAAUGGCCUCCAAAACAGAUGUUUUGUAUUAAACAAAUUUUAUUUAUUUUCUGUUGAUUGAGGAUGAUUUUGUUUGAUUUAUUAGUAUGAAAUAAAAUAACAAUGUACUACAUUAAUUUUAAUUUGUCAACUUGGUUGCGUAUGUGCUUUUAAAGUAAUGUAUUAUAUAUCUUAGUUGACUAUUAAAAGAUUAUUUUCUACCUAAUGAAAUUAUGAAGCCCAUUCUGAUUUUGUUAUUAUUUUUUUUUUAUAUCAUUCAUAUUAGUUAUUAAAUAUGAAAUACCAACAAUAACAGUGUAUAUUAUCUUACUACUUUAAAAAUGAUUAGUGGCACGUGUAUGAAGAUUUUAAAAUGAUAAUUUAUGCAUCCUAGUUGACUAUUAUGUUUAUCUGCUACCAAAAAUAUUUCUGUAAAUCUUAAUUUUUAUUGAUUUUUUAAAAAUUUCAUUCAUUAUGUGAUACCUGUUUGUUGCUUUAUAUUAGCAUAUGAGUUAUUAAUUAUACAUGAAUUGUUUAUGACAGUAACCAGUAUAAAAAAUAAAUAAUAAUAACAGAAAACAAAGAGGAUGUAAAUUUAAUGUUAGUUUGCUAAUUUAUUGUGAUAUUUUACUGAUCAUAUUUAGGAACAUAUUCAAUUUGUUUAGCAUAAAAUAAAUAUUUUUAUUCAAUUGUUUAUGAAAUGUAUUAUGUUGAUUACAACCUGUAAUGAUUUAUAAAUUCUUGGAGUCCUCACGAAUGUCACUGUACAUCGUUUAGAAAUUGGAAUUGAAAACUGUUAAUAAUUAUUAUUGGGGUCAUCAUUCUCUAGAAGUGGUAUAAAGCUGUUAAUUAGGACUUCCAAGCUGAAGAUGCUAAUAGUUUCUAGAACAGUUUAAGGGUUUUUUUAAUGAGUUAAAUUCAAUUCCACAAGUGAUAUUCCCUUACAUUUAAGCUGGCUGUGAUUCUACUUCAAAAUUGCAUUCACUGUUAAAAUAAAAUUAGCAUAAUCUGUUGGGUAACCAAAAUCAAAUUAGAUGCUAAGGCAAACCAUGCUUGUACUAACUUCACAAUACAGGACUUUCCAGGGUUACAUUUUGAUGAAGAAAAUUAGAGCUGAUGUAAAACAUUGGUAUUGUUUACUUUAUUAUAUCAAAUAAAAUAUCUUAAUUCCAAACAAUAUGCUUUGUUUUAGAUACAUUAUAGACUAUAUUUAUUGGUGUUAAAAUGUUAUUUUCAUUAACAAUAAAUGGUCAAAAGAAAUAAUACAAUUAAAAAAAAAAAGCAGUCAAAGUAAGAAACAAAGAUUCUAGGUUGACUAAAAAUUCCUCAUUAAUUAUCAUAGGACCUAUAGAUUCUGCUUAUUAAGAAAAUAAAUUUUAUAAACACAUUUCAAGUAAUUUCCUGCCUUCCUCAGUUUGUUGUUAUCAUCUAUGCAUUGAGGGUAUAAAAUGUGAAAUGUCAAAAUACCCAAGUUUUUUGGUUUUAGCCAAAAAUCAUCUAGCUUUAAGAGAAAUAAUUAGUAAAAAUGUAUUAAUUUUCUUUUUAAUUUAAUAUGUAAAAAGAGGAAUGUGAAUUUAUAAAAACUAAAAGCAAAAUAUAUUUUAUUUACAAUUAA